AUGUCGGACGAGGAGGAAGACAGGGCUGGUCCACAAAUCGAGCCGGCCAUGUCGGGAAGAGGUGUCGGUGUCAGCAAUGUCACUGCCAACGCCCUUGGCCGCUAUGGUCCGGCUGGGACCAGCAACACAGAUCAAGGUUUCCGCCCCGCCUUUUCUGCGGUGUCCAUACUCUUUGGGUCGCUCUGCCGUUGGGCCGACGACGGAUUCCCUGCUUUACACUACGGGUGCAACUUUGCAGCGCACUCGGCCUAUGCAAGCCCGGUGGAAUUCCGGUAA